UAGAUACGUUAGAUCGAUUUUUGAGCUCAGGCAGUCACACUCCAUUCCAUUUAUUCACGAUGAAUCGGGGUUGGCUCUUUUCUAUUGAGCUUGUUUUUUGUUUUUUUUUUUCCGAUAAAACAAAUUGUAAACUUCACGUCAGAUAAUUGAUCGAUUGCAAAACAAAUUAGCAAAGGACAAUAAUAUGUUCAAAUUUCUUACCGUUACUUCCCGCCAUAACAGACCCCUCUGUUUUCAUCAUAAACUACACCAUUUUACCACCAUUUCAAGAACCCAUAGCUUCGUCUCUCCCACUCAUGAAACCCUUCACUGCCAGCUCGAGCGAUGCUCAUCUAUGACACAACUCAAACUCAUUCACGCCCAAAUCAUUUUAAAUGGCCUGUCUAACCAAAUCCUCACACUCAGCAAACUCAUCUCUUUCUCCGCCGUUUCGGAUGACGGCGAUAUCGUAUAUGCACACAAACUGUUUGACACAAUGCCUGGACGAAACAGACACAUGUAUAAUAGUUUAAUUAGGGGUUAUUCUAAUAGUGACAAUCCAGCUAAGGCUGUUUUAGUUUACCAACAAAUGAAUUAUUUUGGAAUUUUCCCAAAUGAAUUUACCUUGCCCUUUGUUCUCAAGGCAUGUGCUUCUAAGUCUAUGUAUUGGGAAGGGGUUUUAGUUCAUGGCCAGGUGCUGAAAAUGGGUUUUGGGUCCCAUGUUUGUGUGCAGAAUGUUCUUAUUAGUUUUUAUUUUAGUUGCAGGAUGAGUGAUUGUUCUGGUAAAGUGUUUAAUGAGAUUAACUAUAGGACUUUGAUUUCUUGGAACUCGAUGAUUGGUGGGUUUUCUAAGAUGGGUUGUUGCGAGAAAGCAUUUUUGUUGUUUGUGGAGAUGAGGGAUGUAGGGGUGAAACCUGAUAACUCUACAUUUGUUAGCCUACUUUCUGUUUGUUCCCAAAUAUGUAACUUGGAAUUAGGUAAGUUUGUACAUUCUUAUAUUGAGGUUAACGGUGUCAAGGCUGAUAUAUAUGUGCACAAUGCUCUCGUCGAUAUGUAUGCCAAAUGUUGGGAUCUGGAAACAGCUCAGGCUAUAUUUGAUAGGAUGGAGGAUAGGAAUGUGGUUUCUUGGACUACCAUGGUUACUGCCUACGCUAAAAGUGGACUGAUACAUUCUGCCAAGAGAUUUUUUGAUCAGAUGCCUUUAAGAAACGUGGUAAGUUGGAACUCAAUGAUUUCAUGCUAUAUUCAGAAAGGUUGCUUCAAUGAAGCUUUGGAGCUUUUUUUCAGUAUGUGUGAUUCAAAAUUUGUUCCAAAUGAGACUACCCUAGUUAGUGUUAUCUCCGCUUGUUGUCAACUUGGUGAUCUGGCAAUGGGAAAGAAAAUCCAUGAUUACAUCUCUAAUAAUUAUGUUUUAUGCGAUGUGACUUUAUACAAUGCGCUUGUAGAUAUGUAUGCAAAGUGUGGUUCUGUGGAAACAGCCUUUGCCAUCUUUCUUGAUAUGCCAGAGAAGAAUGUCGUUUCGUGGAAUGUCAUGAUUGGGGCCCUAGCACUACACGGAGAUGGAUCUAAAGCAGUUGAACUCUUUGAACAGAUGGAAGCUGAUGGUGUAUUGCCUGAUAAAAUAACAUUCACGGGAUUGAUUUCUGCUUGUUGCCACUGUGGUUUAACUGACAAGGGAAGAUAUUACUUUGAUAAAAUGACGUAUGUAUAUAGAGUACCUUGUGAUAUCGAGCAUUAUGCAUGUAUGAUUGAUUUACUUGGUCGGGGAGGGCAUUUCCAAGAAGCAAUGGAGUUGAUAGGAAGAAUGCCAAUGAAGCCUGACAUUGUAAUUUGGGGAGCUCUGCUUGGUGGUUGCAGGAUUCAUGGCAAUGUUGAGAUAGCAAAGCAAAUUGUAAAACAUUUACUGGAGUUAGAGACAUAUAGUGCGGGACUUUAUGUGCUCCUGUCGAACAUAUAUUGUGAAGCUCAGAGGUGGGAAGAUAUGAAAAGGAUUAGAAAGCUAAUGCAGCAGCAUGGUAUCACAAAAGGCAGUGGAAUCAGCUCUAUUGAAUCUAAUAUUGAUAACGGUUCGAUAAUGAGGCGAAGUCCUGAAGCUUAAAGUCAGUGGCCGAACUGAAGGGCCUCCGCCUUCCUUGUUUUGGUACCAGUACUAAAUUUUGUAAGUUUUCAUAGGAAUUUAAGUAGUUGAGAUGGGCUGUUUUCUACACAACGUCGUCCCUUUCAAAUCUUGAAAGAGAUCCCGGGAUAAAAUAAGUCUAUCCCUUGAUGUUUUGUUAUAUCUUCCUAUUUCUCUUUCGCAUUGUUAUUCUCCUAAGUUUCAAGUCAUAAUCUCUGUCCAUAACUUUGUAAAUUUUUUAGUGACCCCAACUUUGAGAACAGUCAGGUAUUUUGAAAAUAGUUAUAUUAAUGACUACGAGCAUCUCCAACCCAUACAGAUUCAUUA